ACACCCGAGCCUUGCUCCUGCACCAGCUCGGCACCUCUGCGCCCCUUGCUUAUCGCGAACCAGCCCUGCUCCGCGCCCCCUUGUUCCCGCACCCGAGCCUUGCUCCUACACCUGCCCUGCACCUCUACACCCAGAUCACAUGCCUUCUGCGCCCAGAUCUCGUGCACUCUGCGCUAGCCAUCACCGGCAAUCAUACCCCUUUGCACGCCAGCCAUCACCGGCAGUCAUAUCCCCCUCUGCACCGAGCUUGUGCCCCUCUCCUCUACGCCCCACUGCCGGCAAUCAUUCCCCCUGCACACCGUACCUUACCCCCCUGCACCGAACCUACGUCCCUGCUGCUGCACCGAGCCUGCACUCAUGCACUCUGCGCCCCAAUCCCUCGCCUCUGCACUCCUACUCGCUACAGCCAUGCCCCUGCCUCACUUAGAAAAAAACAGCACAUAUCAGACAAAAUCGGCAUCAUUAGUGUUUGACGGAGCAAGUUUUUCGUUUUUAUUUAUUUCAUUUUAUUGUUUGGGUAAGAUCAUGCAUUAGACAUGGAUUUUAUUGAGGAUACAACUAGACAAGGGAAAAGACUUAGGGAGGAUGUCACAUCUCAUUCUACUGCUAAGAAGGCUAGGGAGUCAAUCUUUUCAGUCAAUACCUCCAAACCCGACUUGAAACUGUUGAAAGAAGCUUAUGGCUUGUUAUCCUCUAGAGAGAAGCAUGACUUUGAGCAUCACUUCCUACGGAAUAGUCUUGCAGUGGAUUCUUGUACCUUCACUCCUCAAGCACAACAUAUGAAGCUCACACUAGAAAAAGUUCAAGAAAUGUUGCAAGCUAUGUGGGGAUUUUCAUUUGAAUUCUCACAAUCAUUGGUGACAACUAGAGAUAAUUCUUAUGGGUUUGAUUGGAAUGCGGCGUUAAUGAUUUUGGGAAAGAGAUUGAUCAUUGCACCUAUGUUGGUAGCUUUGUUUGAGCAAUUAUGGCAAACUUUGACAUUUAAUCUUGCUUCUACAGUGGCACAUGGUCACUUGAGGGGUCCUCAAUUUGAAGCUUUAUUCAAUGUUCCUGUGAAAGAUAGAAAGACCAAGGAUUGGCAUCGAUCACUUCUAGCAGCAACUGUUAAUGAAGUCGGAUUUGUUCUCCUGACUUGGAAUGCUACUCAUUAUCUUGCUCCACCCGAUGGAUAUCACUCUAUUCCUUUGUUGGGUAUUCAUGGAGAGGUAUUCAAAGCACAUGAGAUGUGGGAGAAAUGUAGGAUGUUACCUAUAUGGAAAGAGAAAGGGACUGGACCACAAUAUGAGCAAUGGAGAUCGAGUUGGAAAGCUAAGCUUCCUUUGCUAUGCAAGGUGACAAAUACGAAAAACUCUACCAUCAUGGACUUAACCGCUAAGUUGGAGCUUAGCCAUGCUAAAAAAUGUCAGUUGCUAGAGAAGUAUAAUGAGUUAGCUCUUGAUCAUGAAUUGCUUAAAAAAGGGAAGGAGUUGUCCGAUCAACAAGUGGCAGGGUUGACAGACAAGAUUGCCUCUUUAGAAAGGGAUUUGGCUGCUACCAAUGAGCAAUUGGGAGAGCAACUACAAGACAUGACCAUUAGCCGUGAUCUUUACAAGAUUGCCAUAGAGGACAUGUGCUGUCAACUCCAAGCUGAGAAGCAAAAGAACCAAGCUCUUGUUGAAAAGGACACUAACUUGCAUGAAGUUGUCAUCAACAUAACCGCUUUGGUGACUCAAUUCGAGAUAAAAAUUCUUCUAAUCAUAGCUCCAAGGAGAAAGGUCUUCAAAAAGUGGCGUUCUCCGUAUUUGCUUAGAUCUAGAGUAAUCAAAAUGUUUCAGAAAAAUGCUACUACUAAUCUAGAGAAAUCAGUCAUGGAUGAGAAGGUUGAUAAGUUGGAAGCUACAAUUCAAACUAUGGCUAGUACUCUUCAAACUAUCAAUCUCACUUUGUCCACUUUGACUAUUGGUUCGGUUCCUUCACUUACAUCCUUAAUACCCACAAUACCGGUUCUACCUGUCCUUACCAUCACACCAAUGAGGGAGUCAUCAUCACAUGCUCCACAAAUAUCAUCUUUGCCCUUUGAAACCUCAUACCCACCAUUUGAGAUGAACAACCCUACCUUGCCCAUAACCUCACCUCUUACCUUUAACAUACCACCCUUGAUGGGACUAGUGCCAACUAUUCAACCCAACCCCUCGGCUGCGAUGCUAAGGCCUACUUUAAAGGAUGGGAAGUCAAUAGAGGUUGAUCACAAGCUGCAACAGUUCAAGCAGUUGGAUUUUGACAAGUAUGAUGGCUCAGGUUGUCCUCAUGCCCACUUACAAAUGUGUGCCAGGAAGGUGGCACCUUAUGCUAAUGAUGAGAGGGUGCUCAUUCAUUAUUUUCAAGAUAGUCUCUCAGGCCCAGCAAGUGUUUGGUUUUUAACACUUGACAAGAAGAAGAUUCGCACUUUCAAAGAUGUGUUUCAAGUUUUCAUGAAGCAGUAUAAGUGGAGAUUCGAAGCAGCCAAAGUCAUUCCACCUCUUACCGAUAGUGAAAUCUGCUAUCUUUUUAUCAAGUCAACUACCGGGAUCUUCCGUGAAUGGUUAGCUCCUUGCGUUGGAUAUAUUUUUGCUCAACUAGUGACAACGGGUGAACAGUUUGAGGAUGGACUGAAGGCAGUGCAAGCAAACCCUGUGCAACCACCUUAUCCGUACGGGUAUGAUCCACAAGCUAAAUGUGAAUAUCAUAAUGUAACAGGUCACAGUACUAAAUAUUGUACAACUUUGAAACAUAAAAUUCAAGAUGUCAUCGAUGAAGGAAAACUCCAACUUGAUGAAACUAAGAGUGCUCCAAACAUCACUCAGAAUCCUUUACCUCCACAUGGUGCAUCCACCAUGAAUAUGAUUGCCCUUGAUGAAGUUGAUAGACCUGUAUUGGAGAAUGCUGGUUCAUGGUCUCUUGAUGAAAUGUUUGCCAUUUUGAUAGAGUAUGAUCUUAUUCAACCAAUUGCAUCAAUAAGCUCGAAUGUUUCACCAGUGAUGAUUAAUGAUGCUUUGACAUCAUCUGUGGCCAAUAGCCAUUUCCCUUACUCACUUAAGGUUAUGCCUCAACGUCCCGUCAUCUUGAACUCUACAACUAAUGAUGUGUCUAAUAUGACCUGUAGUGGUCGGUGCUAUGUGAAUCUCGAAGUGGAAGAAUUGAGAAAGGCUGCUUUGAAAUCAAAAGAUAUCAGAAUUGAAGAGAUGCCAAAAGAAUCACCCAAGAAGCUAGUGUCAAAAAAUGAAGUUGCAAAAUUUCUGAAUAUUUUGAGGAAGAUCUUGAAAGAGGCCCAUGUGCCUAAGAAUAUUGAUACUCAGAAGUUUGGGACUAUGGUUGGGGCAAUCUUAGCUCCAAAUUAUAUUAAUUUUAAAGAUGAUGAGAUUUGUGAUGAAGGAAAUGGGCAUACCAAGGCUCUUCACAUUUUUGUUCAAUGCAAAAUGAUGAAUAUGCCUCAUGUAUUGAUUGACAAUGGGUCAUCUUUGAACGUGAUUCCUAUGAUUGUUUUGAAGCAGUUGAAAGUGGAUGAGUCUCACAUUAAUCAGUGUAAUACAGUGGUUCAUGCUUUUGACGAAACAAAGAGGAAUAUGGUUGGAAAGAUUGAGCUUCUAGUGGAAAUUGGUCUUGUGACUUUUGAUGUGGAUUUCUUUGUUAUGAAUAUUUCUCCUGCUUUUAAUAUGCUUCUUGGGAGGCCUUGGAUACAUGUCGCCGGAGCAGUACCAUCCACUUUGCAUCAAAAAGUCAAAUAUAUUGUCAAUGGUGUCCUUGUCACGGUGAAUGGCGAGGAAGAACAUGUCAUCCGAAGGGCUACAGCCAUUCCUUACUUAGGAGUUGAUCCUGGAACUUAUGAAUCCUCUUAUCACUCGAUGGAGUGUGCUGCUACUUUUUAUAUACAUCCAAAGUUCAGAGGGAAACGAGCUGAAAUGGCUAAACCUGCCAAGGUUGCUGCUGAGAUUAUGCUUUCAUUUCAUUACCAGUUGGGAGAGGGUUUGGGAUUGAAUGGACAAGGAAUUCUAAAGCCUGUUGAAUUUGAGGAAGUGGUUGUGGAAGAUAUCAAUGAUGAAGUUUGUUCUGAUGAUGAGGAAGAUAGUUUUGGUUUCAACAACCUCUUUGGAGAUGCUGAGGAAGAUAGUUUUGGUUUCAACAACCUCUUCGGACCAGCCAACAUGACAGAUCCUAAGGAAAUUGAAGAAGACAAUGCAAAUUUUGAUCCUUCUCAUGAACUAACUCAAAUGCUAAGUGAAGAAAAACCAAAGCUACAGCUAAACCAAGAGACAGAAACCAUUAAUCUAGGUUCUAAAGAUGACAGAAAGGAGAUAAAGAUCAAUGCCCACCUAUCCACAGAGGAGAGAAAAGAGUUGAUAGAGCUCUUAGUUGAAUUUCAAAAUGUUUUUGCUUGGUCCUACAAAGACAUGUCGGGACUUGAUCCAGAUAUUGUAGUUCAUGCCAUUCCACUCUAUUUUGGGGCCAAGCCAAUCAAGCAAAAGUUAAGGAGGAUGAGGCUAGAGGUUCUAUUGAAAGUCAAAGAGGAAGUGCAAAAGCUACAAGAUGUCAAUUUCAUUGAAAUAGCUAUGUAUCUAGAAUGGGUGGCCAAUAUUGUUCCUAUAAUGAAAAAGGAUGGCCGAGUUAGAGUUUGUGUGGAUUAUAGAAACUUGAACAAGGCAAGCCCCAAGGAUGAUUUCCAUUGCCUCACAUCCAAAUUUUGCUAGAUAAUGCUGCAAAAAAUGCUUGGUUUUCAUUUGUUGAUGGCAACUCUGGGUACAAUCAGAUAAAAAUGAAGGAGGAGGACAAGCUCAAGGCAACAUUCAUCACUCAAUGAGGUACCUUUUGCUACAAAGUUAUGCCUUUUGGACUCAAAAAUGCCAGGGCAACAUACCAACGCUCUAUGAUUACUUUACUACAUGACUUUGUGCAUACUAUUGUUGAGCUAUAUGUUGAUGACAUGGUGAUUAUGUCCAAAGAAGAGGUGCUACAUAUAGAAAAUCUCAAGAAGGUGUUUGAACACCUUAGAAAAUACCAACUGAGAUUCAAUCCUGCCAAAUGUACUUUUGAUGUGGAUUCCAGAAAGCUACUUGGCUUCAUUGUGAGCCGCCGAGGAAUAGAGAUUGAUCCAACCAAAAUAAAAGCCAUUGAUGAAA